AUGAACACCACCAAGUUACUCAAGACCAGUGAUUAUCUUCAUAUUCCUGAUUCAUCUAAUGGCAAAUGGAAGAAUUUUGUCUCACAAGCUCUAAGGAAUAGCUGCCUCAAAUUCUACUACAGCAAUAGCAAGAAGGCCCUCAAGAAUACAGAUGAAUUUCAACAUACAAUACCUGUCAAUGGGCUGCUUCUUGUGGGCACCAUGGUCCACCAUAUGAAGGGUGUCCUCACUGGGUUUUGUGAGACCAGCACUGACAAAGUCCCUGACCUCUCUGCAGAUAAAUGUAGGGCUGACUUCAACUUGUUGCAGAGGUCUGUAGAUGCACUUAUAGAAAAUCCUGACCAUCAUAUGGAGCUCAAGGAGAUGUUAGAGCAGUGGACUAUGAUUGGGGUGGGUGACCUUGAUUUUGAUGAGGGUAAUAUGGGAGGCAGUGAUAUAGAGGAUGUCAACAUCAUCUUAUAA